AUGGACGCGACCGUGCAGUCGUGGCGCAAGAAGAUGCCGAGCAAGCGGCAGCUCACGUCCACGAUCCAUCAGCUCGUGCAGCAAAAGGCCGUCGCCGUGCUGUACACGCCCACGGAGGUGGAGCGCAUCCAGGCGAUGACGGACAUGAUGGCGCAGGCCACGAGCGAGUUCGAGGCCGACGAGGACUGGGAUCGGAUUCUACGGGUCGUCGAUGCGCUGAGUAACAUUCGCAAUCGCGCCGUAUUAAAAGAGUCGAUCCGGUACCUGAAGCUGAGGCUCGGUGACCCAUCGUCCCGGGUGGUGGUACUGGCCCUGACGUUGACAGAGUCAAUUGUCAAGAACUGCGGGGAUUUGGUGCACCAGGAGAUCGCGUCGGAGCCGUUUAUGACGGAGAUGGAGGCGCUCUAUCGAGUGCAUGCGAAUCGACGUGGACGGGCUAGUAUGGAGAUUGCCAGCCGCGUACUGGACAUGAUCCAGGCUUGGGGCGAAGCUUUCUUGCCAUUCCGACACGAGUUCCCUCUGUUUGUCGACACGUACCACAACAUGCGGAAGAAAGGCGUCAAGUUCCCGGACCAGUACGACGAGUCCAAGGUGCCGGUACUGACGCCGUCGUCUUCAGACGUGCUGGGUGGCAGUCAAAGUGGCGCUGCGAACGCAACGUCGGUCUCAUCGAUCCAAGCACGCAAAUCCAGAUCGAUCGACACGUCGUCGUAUUCCAACAGUAGCAGUAGACUGGGCGGCUUGUCGACGCCGGAGCUGUACCGCGUCGCUACGAACGUGGCCGAGAUGUUUGAAGAUAUGCUGUACGAAGCGCAAAAGCAAACGUCUGGUAUCGGCAACCACGGCGUUAUGGAAGAAUUGGCGGUGGAAGUGAGAGAGAUCUUGCACAGGAUGGAAGGUGCUAUCCCGGUUGCUCUCUCGGAAGAGGAUGCGAACAUUGAGAAGUACUUGUCCAUCAACGACGAUCUACAUGCCGCACUGAAAAAGUACGAUAUGCUGCUUGCACGAAAUGUGAAGGCAGAAGCAAAGACUGCUGCAAAGUCCGGAAAAGAUAUACUGAACGACAUCGAUCUCGUCGAUCCGUUUGGACUCGAGGCGGAUCCGUUGCCGUCAAAAAAUACGACCACGCGGGAUGUGAUCGAUGGCGACGAUUCGUUCGCAGACUUUGUGCACGCACGCGCGGGAUCCAAGGCAAAGCGUGAUGGCCAAAGUACGAUAUAUAGCAGCAAGAGCUCGGUAUCUGAAGUCGAGUCCAAGCGUGCUGUUCCGAUGUCACAGCAAGAACAGGAAGACGACCCAUUUGUAAGUUUCGUGCAGCAGCGGGCCACGAAAAUCCUCAGUAGCAACGACCAGAAUUGCAAAAGCGAGACAAAGCCGGCAGCACCGCAACUUGCGGACCCUGGGAAGGACUUGAUCGAUCUCUGGGAUGAUACAGCUCCUUCCGCGCCUGUUGUUGUCCAACCGUCAGCAAAACCUGGACUAUGGCUGGAAGAUGACCUCACGGCCAUUUCGAGCCAGCCAACUACCGACACGUUGUACGAGCCCGGUACGUCUACAACAGCACAGUUGGAUCCUUGCAGCACAACCAGCAGCACCAUCGACACAAGCUCCAGCGGCCGCUCCUCCACAAAGGCGGCCGCUCCGACGCCCACCCCAUCGAAUCCGUUCGACGCGAUUGAGUUCGCUGCUCCGGCAUUGUCGCAGCAACCGUCACAGCCGGCGGCCAGCAGUUCAUUUAACCCUUUUGACAUCUAA